CUUGGCCCCUGGUCACUUCCUCCCCCUGAUCCUGAGGUCCCUCCGCCAGGUGGUGGAGCCCCAACUACAGUGCCCAGCAGCCCUUUCUGGGACGAGGCCCCUCCUCCCUGAUGCCUCCCAGCCCCUGUCUCAUCAGAUGGGCAGCGGGAGGCUCCGGAGGCUGCGCACGACCAGGCCCUGAACCGCUCUAGGCGAGGCGUGGGCAGCGGACAUGGCCUUUGUCCUCAGUGUCCCUGAGACCCCAGAGGACCAGGGCAGCUGGGGGCCCAGCGCCUACGAUGAGAACGAAGUGCACGACUCCUUCCACCAGCUCAUCCGGGAGCAGAGCCAGAGGGCGGCCGAGGAGGGGCUGGAGCUGCAGUCCCUGGGCUGGGGGGCCGGGGCUCCGGGGGCCUCAGGCAGUGACCACCAGGCCCUCCUGGGCCCCGAGGGCACCACCGUCCACAGCGCGGCCACGCUCCGCAUCUUGGCCAGCAUGCCCAGUCGCACCAUCGGCCGCAGCCGCGGCGCCAUCAUCUCGCAGUACUACAACCGCACGGUGCAGCUGCGCCGCAGGGCCAGCCGGCCGCUGCUCAGCGACCUGGGACGCUCGGCCUGGCCCAGCCUCCGCCUGUACGACCUGGAGCUGGACGCCACGGCCCUUGAGGAGGAAGAGAAGCGGGCCCUCCUGGUGAAGGAGCUGCUGGGGCUGACGGCGGCCCAGCGGCACCAGGUGCUCCUGGGAAUGCCGCUCAGCCUGGCGGAGAAGCGCCGCCUGCGGGAGGAGACGCGGACGCCAAGGGGGAAGUGGCGGGGCCGUGCCGGGCUCCCCCACGGCUGCAGCCGGCUGCGAGAUGCCUGUGUCCUGGCCUUGCACCACCUGGGGCUCGGGCUGCUGGCCGGGCUCCACGCCCUGGUGCCCUGGCACUAUGCCCUGAAGCGCAUCGGGGGCCAGUUCGGCUCCAGCGUGCUGUCCUACUUCCUGUUCCUCAAGACCCUGCUGGCCUUCAACGUGCUGCUGCUGCUGCCCCUGCUGGCCUUCGUGGUGGGCGUGCAGGCCGCCUUCCCGCCGGCGCCCCUGGGCACCGCGCCCGCCUUCACCGGCCUGGAGCUCCUCACUGGCGGGGGCCGCUUCACCGACACCGUCAUGUACUACGGCCACUACAGCAAUGCCACCCUGAACCAGCCGUGCGCCGGCCCCCCAGACGGCAGCCAGUGUGCCCCUGAGGCGGCCAGCCUGCCGUACAGCAUGCCCCUGGCCUACCUCUUCACCCUGGGCACGGCCUUCUUCAUCACCUGCAUCAUCCUGGUGUACAGCAUGUCCCAGUCUUUUGGGGAGAGCUACCGGGUAGGCAGUGCCUCGGGGGCCCAUGCCAUCACUGUGUUCUGCUCCUGGGACCACAAGGUGACCCAGAAAAGGGCCUCCCGCCUCCAGCAUGACAACAUCCGGACGCGGCUGAAGGAGCUGCUGGCCGCGUGGCAGCUGCAGCGCGGCCCGCGGAGCGCAUGUGGGCAGCUGCGUCGGCUGGCGGUGCUGGGCCUUGUGUGGCUGCUGAGCCUGGGGACCACGCUGGGGUGCACUGUGGCCGUCUACGCCUUCUCCGAGCGCACGAUCCAGAGCCCCGCGCCUGCGGAGCAGGAGGGGGCGCUGCUGGCCCUGCCCCUCGUGGUCGGCCUCCUGAACCUGGCAGCGCCCUACCUGUACCGCGGGCUGGCGGCCCUGGAGCGGCACGACUCCCCGGUGAUGGAGGUGUAUGUCGCCAUCUGCAGGAACCUCAUCCUCAAGAUGGUCAUCUUGGGGAUUCUUUGCUACCACUGGCUGGGCCGCAGGGUGGGCGCCCUCAAGGACCAGUGCUGGGAGAACUUCGUGGGCCAGGAGCUGUACCGCCUCAUGGUGACCGACUUCAUCUUCACGCUGCUGGACACGCUCUGCGGGGAGCUGGUGUGGAGGCUCAUCUCUGAGAAGAAGCUGAAGAGAGGGAAGCCUGAGUUCGACAUUGCCCGGAACGUGCUGGAGCUGAUUUAUGGACAGACCCUGACCUGGCUGGGAGUCCUCUUCUCACCCCUCCUGCCCGCCAUGCAGAUCCUCAAGCUGCUGCUGCUCUUCUAUGUCAAGAAGACGAGCCUCACGGCCAACUGCCAGGCGCCCCGCAGACCCUGGCUGGCAUCGCACAUGAGCACCGUCUUCAUCUCGCUGCUGUGCUUCCCCUCCUUCCUGGGCGCCGCCGUCUUCCUCUGCUAUGCCGUCUGGCAGGUGAAGCCCUCGAGCCUCUGCGGGCCCUUCCGGACCCUGAACACCAUGUACGAGGCUGGCAAGGUGUGGGUGCACCGCCUGGAGAAGGCGGGCCCCAGGGUCUCCUGGCUGCCCUGGAUCCACCAGCACCUGGUGGAGAACACCUUCCCUGUCUACCUGGUGUCGGCGCUGCUGCUGGCCUUGAUCUACCUCAACAUCCAGGUGGUGAAGGGCCAGCGGAAGGUCAUCGGCCUCCUGAAGGAGCAGAUCAGCAACGAGGGGGAGGACAAAAUCUUCCUGAUCAACAAGCUUCACUCCAUCUGCGAGAGGAAAGAGAGGUGCAGGGCUGGUGGGGCCCCGGAGGUGGUGACGCCCCCGGCCCUGGAUGCGGACGACUGGGACCCCUGGCAGGACAGCGACGAGCCCGACUCACCUGCUCACCUGCUCGGCUCAGCUCCCACGGCUCUGCGGAUGCGGUGCCCAACCUGA